AUUGCUGGACUUCUGGAUAAAGAGGGGAGAGCCGCACCCAGGACGUCCGGUCUCCUUUCCGAGCUGCUGCGGUCACUCUGCAUCAUGGGCAACGGCAUGAACAAGAUUCUCCCUGGACUGUUUCUUGGAAACAUCAUAGAUGCCAAAGACCUCGAUCAGCUGAGCAGGAACAAUAUCACGCACAUCGUUUCCAUCCAUGAGUCCCCGCAGCCCUUCAUUCCGGGAAUCACUUACCUUCGGAUUGUUCUACCAGACACGCCCGAGGCAAAUAUCAGGAAGCAUUUUAAGGAAUGCAUCCACUUUAUCCAUUCCUCUCGGCUGCGUGGAGGAAGCUGCCUGGUUCAUUGCCUGGCAGGGAUCUCACGCAGCACCACCAUCAUCCUGGCCUACCUCAUGGCGGUGACGCAGCUGGGCUGGCACGAGGCCCUCGAGGCGGUUAAGGCUGUGCGGCCAGUGGCCAACCCCAACCUGGGCUUCUGUCGGCAGCUGGAGGAGUUUGGACGCAGCCGGUCGGUGCAGAAGAUCCGCCGGAGACUAGAGCACAAGUACAGAGCGACCCCUUUCAAUGACAGUGAAGCCGUCCGAGUUCUUCUGCCGUCUGGCAGAAGGCAGGAACCCCCCAGCCCCGGACGGGCUUUGGAGGCCCAGGGGCCGAAGAGCAGCAGCAUAAAGCACAUCAGUUCCUUUCUGAUGCGGGUGAAGGAGACCUUCUCUUGUUUGCCUGGCCGCCUUAAGUGAGACCUUCCGAAGCCUUUGGAAAAUGCAAGAGGGCUCCCCACGGAGGGCUAGUAAAGGCAGCACUGGGCCAAGAAGGAUCUGUCCUUUGGCAUCCUCAGCGGGAAGUGCAGGGACCAGGCUGAGCUGGAGAAGAGGAACUGUGAAACAUUGGCAACGCCAGGCGGAGCUGGCUUGCUUUCUGCUGCUCCAAUCACCUGUCGCAACCGAGCAGGCUAUUGUACCCCAGGAACCCCAGAGCCCCACUGGAAGUAUUUUCAACUCAAAGCACCCCAAAAACACUGAGCUGAAACCCCAGGACUUGUGAAUUAUCCGGAGAUCAGAGGACUACCCAGACUAGAGGCUUUGGCAGGAAUUGGCAGUAAAACCAGAACGCUACUCUUUUUAAUAAAAAAGGGGAAGCAAACAA